AUGGAUAUCGGGAGUUCAGAGGGCGUCGGACGCUUCUGUUCAAAAUGGCAGCCGGGGCGGAAAAAGUUCCCGGGCUGGCUGACACCAACCGGGGGAAAAUGGCCUCGGGGAGCCCCGCAAAACUCCCGUGUGGCCGGCGCAGGGGCGCUCAGGGCCGCUCGGGCCACAUGGAAGCAGCCAGCCCAGCCGGGCCGAGCCAAGCCGAGCCAAGCCGACCGGGCCGGGCCGGGCCUCCCUCGUGCCUGCGGAGCAGAGGCAGAGGCAGACGCCGGGCAGGGGGAGAGAGGCCCCGUCCCCCGAGAGGAGGGAGGUUCCGACGGGCUCCCCAGAUUGCGCCCCACGCCCGCCCCGCGAGCAGGCAGGCGGGCGCCUCUGACCUCGCGGGCCACAAAAGCGCGGCGCCCGGCCCGGCCCGGCACGAACGCCCAGACCCGGGGCCGAGCGAGGGAACUAAGGGGAAGGCCGCAAAGCUGCGGAGCGGGCCCUGCGCGGGAUCCGCGCCAGAGCCGAUCGCCGGGCCGGCGGCGAGCGGGGCUCCUCCCGCGGGGCGCCCCGCUGCACCCCUUAGCGAGCCGCAGCGCGACCCGCCGGGCCCCGGGGGGAGAGGGCGAGGGCGAGGCAGGCGACGGCGAAGGCGGCUCCGGCUGGACAAACAUGGCUGCUGUGCCGCCGCCGCCUCGGCCCCGCGAGCCGCGCUCCCGCCCGCCCGCCCCCGUCGCCUCAGCAGCGGCGGCACCUCGGGGCCCCGCCGAGCCGCCCCCGGGAGCCCCGCCGCCCCGCCGGCCACCUGAGCCGCAGCACGGCAGGCCGGCGCCCGCGCGACGCCGCGAGGGAGGAAGCCGCCCGCCCGCGGCCCUCACCUCGCGGCCGCCCGGCGCCCCCGGCCUGCUCCCCGCCGCCCGCCCGGCCCGCGCGCAGUUACCGUGGCCCGCGCCCCCGCCCGGCCCGGCCGCGGAGGGGAGGGAGGGGCGGGCCUCCCUCAUGACACGACUCGGGGCGCCCGGGCGACUCCCCGGCCCCUCCCCCGCUUCUCCGGCUCCUCGGGGCCGCCAGGCGGGCGAGCGGGCGAGCGCGACCUGCCCCGGCCUCGCUUCGCCUCGCCUCGCCUCUUCUGCCUCUGCCGCCGCCGCCGCCGCCGCCGCCGCCCGGGCCUCGGCCUCACACCCCCCGCCGCGCGCGCCCCCGAGCGGCCUCGCGUGCGGCGGCUCAGCCGAGGGCGCGCCCCCGUGCGCGUGCGUGCGCUCGCGGGGUUCAGAGCGGGCCGAGGGCCGAACUGAGCUGGCGAGCCGGGGCCCCGGCGCCUUCGUCCCCCACCCCCGGGCCCUCGCACGUCGCACCACCCCACUGGCGGUGGGCCGUGCGGGCGUGCGGGCGUCGUGGGUGGCACUUCCCCGGCGCGCCCCCUCUCCUCCCUGGGGCUCCGACGCGGCCCCGCCCCGGCCCGGCUUCCAUCUUAGUUGCAGCUCCAAGCCGGGCUCCCCAGGCCCCGGGCACCUGCCCCGGGCCCGAUCGCCCGCGCCCGACGCCCAGGCCGCCCCACCCGUGUGCAGCCCAGGGCCAGGCCUGCGGGGCUCACCUGAGGGCAACUGCGGGGAAGGGGCCCGGGGUCGGGUCUUCGGGCCUCGAGCCCUGACCGAGCCAGCCCGGCCGCAGGUGAACCCCGCAGCCCGGCCGCACCCCGAACCCACCCACCCCGGCCGAGGGAGGAGGCAGGAAACAAAAUGGAGGCAGCGAGCGAACAGCUCGGCUCGGCUCGGCUCGGGGCAGGCGGCCUCCCCCGGCCCGGCCCGCCGCUCGCGCCCGCCCGACGUCCGCAGGCCAACAGCGCCCAGGCCCGGACUGCAGCACCCCAGGCCCCGCACCCCCGCAACGCAAUGCAAUGCAAUGCAAUGCGCCGCCCCGCAAGGGCACCCCGGCUGGGUCGGCUGCGGUGGGUUACCCGGCCGGCCCGGCACGGCGCCCACCCCUGACAGCGCGCCCGCACCCGUGUCUGCAGCCCAGCCCGGGGGCCUCUGCGCCUCGGGCGGGGAGACGGACGCGGGGGAGGGUCCCCGGCUCCCAGAGCGCUCCCUGCACCGCCUCCCGCGUCCAGGCCGGGGCUGGGCCGGGAUCGCGGGGUCGACGGUGCCGGAGGUUCGGGUGCGCGCGGACAGACUUGGGGCCGACCUCCCCGCCCCAAGGGGCCGCGCCUCGCACCAUGGCCUCUGCGGUGGUCGCCGUCCGGGCCUCGGGGCCUCCGCUGCACGGCCGCUGGGCUCUGCAGCCUCGCUGUCCCGGGCGGGCAUCGGGCCCCGACACCCGAGCAGAGCACGGAUCGUCGGUCUCGGGUCGGCCCCGCCUGCGGGUCAAACCCCCACUCCACCGGGGCGCUGCGCUCGGGGCCCCCUCAGCGCUGGCUGGCCUAGUAGUGCAAGGGCCGCGGCGCUGCCGAUGGUGCAAGGGGAUCGAGGUUUUGCAGAUGGUGCGAGGGGAUCGAGGCUCCAAGGCCUGGCAACCCGAGCUCAGCCGAAGCCCUGGAUCCCCUCCCCGGCCUUCCCUCCCCCACCCACCCCGCCUCGACCCCCGCCGCCUCCUCAGCUUGCUCCCGGGCACCGAGCUCACCUCGGGAGCUCGCAGGUCCCGAGGGUGCUAAGAGCAUCCUGGCUACCCAAAGAAAAGCCACCACUAGCCGCCAUCAAAAUUCCACCUCCUCCAGAAAGCCUUCAGUGA